GAAGAUAUUAUUUGAAUUUGUAUCCAAAAAUUACAAAACAAAGCAAAUUUGCAAAUGAAAACCAACAUACUUACUAGUCAAAUCCCCAAAACUACCAGUCUCGUAUCAUUUCAAUACUUGAAAGUUCUGGGUAUUAAAUAAUGAUGAUAAUCUUUGUUUGACAUUUUUCCCUGGAAACUAUAAAGACUUCUGGAAACUAGCCAUUCUCUUUCUAGUUUUCAAUUCCAAAGUUUCCCUUUUGAAAUUUUCUAUCUCUAAAGCUCUUUGGAUUUUUUUUUCCUCUAUUGUUUUCUGGGAAAUUUCAUCAAAUCGUGAAUGGCAAGGUCGAGAAAUAAGAACAUACAAGCCAAGCUGGUACUUGUUGGGCACAUGGGAACUGGGAAAACAAGCUUGGUAUUGAGAUUUGUCAAAGGCCAAUUCUUUGAUUUCCAGGAAUCCACAAUUGGAGCAGCCUUCUUUACUCAAGUUUUAUCACUUAAUGAAGCCACCGUAAAGUUUGAUAUAUGGGACACAGCAGGCCAAGAGAGAUACCAUAGUUUGGCUCCGAUGUACUAUCGUGGUGCAGCCGCUGCUGUCGUGGUCUACGACGUCACGAGCUCGGAAACGUUCGAGCGAGCCAAAAAAUGGGUUCGGGAACUGCAACGACAAGGAAAUCAGAAUUUGAUAAUGUUCUUGGUAGCAAACAAGGUUGACUUGGAAGACAAGAAAAAAGUGGGAAAUGAGGAAGGUGAGCAAUAUGCCAAAGAAAAUGGCUUGACUUUCCUCGAAACAUCGGCAAAGACGGCACAUAACGUCAAUGAGCUCUUUUACGAGAUUGCGAAGAGAUUGGCGAAAGCUGCUCCGUCAAGGACGACCGGAAUUAAAUUGCAUAAUAGGCCUCGAGAAAGUGAAAGGCGGUUCUUUUGUUGUUCCUCAUGAUAUAAAGGCAAUGGAAAAAUUAAGCUGCUUUUUGGCCUAUUUCACUUUGAUGAACAUAUCUUGCACCAUGUACACACAAGAGCUUCAUUGUCAAGUGCACUUAUUUUGUGUAAGAUAUUAUCAUGCAACUCCAAAUAAAUAAAGGAUCAAUUCCCAAUGUAGCCUGUAAAUUAAUGAUAUUCAUCAAAUUAUUGAUGGCAACUCGUGUUUAUAAGUUCAAGUUUUGAAUAUUGAAACUCAUGUUGUCUAUAUUUAGAUUUUUUUUUUAAUUUUAAUUUGUUAUCAAGUACGAUUAUUAAGUUCACAA